GAAGAACAGCAGGUUGAGGACAUGCUGCAAGAUCGUUUUGAUGCCCGUGUUGAUGUUACUUCAUGGUGUGAAUGUGGCCAUUGUUCGUUGGAUCUUGUUGUCAACCCUCAAGAGUGCCGAUGCUGCAUGGAAUUAGAGCAAUGCCGUGGCAAAAUGAAUCAGUUCGAAGUCGAUGAAAGGAAAUGCAUUUUGGAUCACCCUGGCUUUAACGAAGUUUGCCUGAACGAAUUUGUUCUUCAAGCAGCUUCGUUAGGUUUAAAGACCAAAGGUCAUCGCAGUUAUGCGACCGUUUUUCGAGAUGGUCAAAAGACCAGAGAGGAGUAAGCCUUUUUCUU